ACAAACUUGAAACGCGCGUCAAAUUACAAGUUCGAGUCCAGAUAGACGCGCUUGUGAUUAUCCAAGAUGCCCGGAAGACCCGUGUCGUCAGGUAGACCUCCUUCUGCAUCACUAUCGGGAGACGAAGGAGACAUAGACUUCAAGCCCUCUCAAGGUAGCAGCGAAGACCAUAGCAACGAAUCUCUAAGAACGUUCGCGGUCAUCACAGCAGAGUUCAAAGCGACAUGGGAGAAAAAGCUGAGAGGACGCGACAAUAAGAUGAUACAGACAACAGAAAAGGAACUCCACCUUGAUCUCCAGAAUAAGGAAACCGAGAUCGCCAACGUCAUGAAGGACUAUGUAGGACAUCCCGUCAGGGCGCAUAUAUCACUGGAGACCCUCCAUCAGGAUUUCCUCGAAAAAUAUGCCAUUCUAGAAGACAGGAAACGCAAAAUUACAGCUGCGAUUGCUGAAGCACAGGAAGAGCUCAUACCGCUCGCGGUCAAACGCCACCAAGCGACCAUCAGCAUUGGACACGAAGUUGAGAACGGCCAACUAGAAGGGAUGGCCCUCAUCAAAGGAGCUUGCCAGUCCACCCGGGACAUUGCCCAGGAGCUUGGGACGUUGCACUUCGAUUGCUGA